AUGGACUUUGCCAGCUUGAUGAAAUCGCAGAUCUCCUCUGGACCCAAGAAGGAAGAAGGCACCAAGAAAUACCUCAAGCGAUCAGAAGUGGAAGCACAGCGACAGGCCGACUACCAGCGAGACCAAGAAGAGCUGGAGAAGGCGAGGCUAAAGCGGAUAGAGAAGAAGCGGAAGCGAGAUGAAGAAGAGGCAGAGAGGAAUGCGGCUCGAGAAGAGAAGCGGAAGCGGCUAGCGGAAGAGAGCAAGCGAGUGCAGGAGGAAGAAGCAGACGCAGAAGAGAGAGCACGAAGAAAGAGGUUAGGAUUGCCAGAUCUGCCUCCAAAGCAGAUCGAAAGCGGGGACAGCACCACUCUGAAGAAUGGUGAAGAAGACAUAUCAGAAGAGGAUCUCCUCGUGAAGCUCUCAGACAUGAGCGAACCACGCUACCUGUUCGGCGAAGACCACCUCCAACGACUACGACGAUACCGGAAACUCAUGGCAAAAGCCCUCGCACCAAAACCCAGCGACGGACCCAUACCGACCAUCGUCCCACUAGUACCCGAAGCCGAGAUGAAGGUGCCCGAGAACGUCCCCAAAGACCUCGAGGCACGAAAAUUCCUCCUCCGCCAGAUCGCCAGCUAUUUCGACAUGCUCUUAUCAGAAUGGCAGACUGCCCUCGCACGGCGAAGCAAAGAAGUCAAAGAAUCCAUGACCGGAAAACAAGCCUUCAACUCCUUCGCCGCAGCUCGUGAUAAUCUCCGACCCCUCUUCAAGAAGCUGGAGGCGGAGCACAAAGAACAGAAGCCAAAUGCCAAGGAGACCGACGGGAUCCCGAAUAGCUUGCUCACGCCAGUCCUGGAGAUUGUGCACCUCGCACAAUUGAAGCGGUACGUCAAUGCCAAUGAUGCGUAUCUCCGGCUGUCCAUUGGUAAGGCGGCUUGGCCUAUUGGUGUGACUAUGGUGGGUAUUCACGAGCGUAGUGCCAGAGAGAAGUUGCAUGGUGAGAAUACGCAGGCGCAUAUCUUGUCUGAUGAAACGACGAGGAAGAUGCUGCAGGGUAUCAAGAGGUGUCUCAGCUUUGCGCAGACGAGGUGGCCUCCUGAUGAUAUUGGGCAGUUGAUGGGAUGA